UUUGAUCGUUUAGUUUUACAAUCACCAGACAGUUCUCUAGUUUGGACACGUUAUAUGGCUUACCAUCUAGAAUGUACAGAAAUAGAUAAGGCUAGAGCUGUAGCAGAAAGGGCUUUAAACACUAUCAGUUUUAGAGAUGAACAAGAAAAGUUAAAUAUUUGGGUGGCAUAUUUAAAUCUUGAGAAUAUGUAUGGUACCUUAGAUCAACAAGAAGAAUUAUUUGAAAGAGCUAAGAAAUUUUGUGAUUUUAAGAAAAUACAUGAACGUAUGAUCAGUAUAUAUGUCCGCUCUGAAAAAUAUGAGGAAGCAGAAGAACUCUAUGAAAUUCUAGUUAAAAAAUUCAGUGGUGAAAAACAGAUAUGGCUGAAUUAUGUCCAGUUUUGUUUCCGUAAUAAUCGUUUUGAUAACGGUAGAAAAUUGUUACAGAGAUGUUUCAAAUGUUUAGAAAAGAAAGAACAUAUUGAAAUGAUAAGUAAAGUAGCACAAAUGGAGAUAAAAUUUGGCGAUGGUGAGAGAGGUCGCACUAUGUAUGAAAAUUUAGUAACUAAUUAUCCAAAAAGAUUAGAUUUAUGGUCUGUGUAUAUCGAUAUGAUACGAAUAUUAGGCGAUUUAGAUGGCACAAGAAAACUGUUUGAAAGAGUUUUGUCUUUGAAGAUGAAUGCAAAAAGGAUGAAAUUUAUUUUUAAAAAAUAUUUAGACUUUGAAAAUAAAUAUGGUAGCCCUGAUAGAGUAGCUGCUAUCAAAGAAAAAGCAUUGAAAUAUGUGGAAACCAAGGGAUAUUAUGAAGAUGAAUAA